AUGGGUGCGAAAGUACCUCGAAAUUUCCGUCUGCUGGAAGAGCUAGAGAAGGGCGAGAAGGGCCUAGGUGCAGAGGCAUGUUCGUACGGUCUAGCAGAUAGCGACGACUUGAUGAUGACAAACUGGAAUGGCACAAUCCUUGGUCCUCCCCACAGUGCCCACGAGAACCGUAUCUACAGCGUCAACAUCCACUGUGGUGACAGCUACCCAGACCGGCCUCCGACCAUCCAAUUCGUGUCAAGAAUAAACCUGCCGUGCGUUGAUCAAAAGACGGGCAAGGUCGAUCCAUCAAAACUCCCUUGUCUGGCGAAUUGGAAGCGUGACUACACAAUGGAAACAAUUCUGCUUGAAUUAAGAAGAUACAUGGCAUUGCCUCAACACAAAAAACUGCCACAACCCCCAGAAGGUACUACUUUCUAG